AUGAAGUCCCUCAUCACUUCUGCUGCCCUCUGCUGGGGCUUCUUCCAGAGUGUCACGUCGCAAAGUGCAGCACCGACGAAAGAUGUAUCCGACUGUCUGUGUGGGUUUUACGACGCAGAAGCGGACAUCGUCUAUACCGACGCCCAAAUCGUCUACUUUAAUGAGACGGACGGCUUUCCAGAGGAAGAAUACGUGAUCCAAAACUACAAGCAUAUGCGGGACUUUGGAUGGAACACUUUGUACCGUCAAGGGGCGACCAAGAACAACGUCAAUGUGGGCAAUGACACGACGGCGAGAAAUCUCACCGCCCUCCAGCUUUUCUUAGACCCAUCGACUCCAGAGCAUCUUGUCAUGGGAGCGAAUGUUCGAACGCAACGUCAAGAUAUCUUCUUCGGAUCUUUCAGAGCAUCGAUGCGCCCACCCCGUCAGUGGUUUGACGGAUCAGCCAUGUCGAUGGUCCUCCAUCACAACCUGACCGAGAGUUGGAGCCUCGAUGUCAUGAACACCAAUAACCACAGCCAGGCAUGGGUCAGCUUUUUGGCCACAAACGUCUUUGCAAACACUUGGCUCGGGACGAACUUCAGCACUCUGCUCAAUGAGAGCAUGAAUCCUUGGUAUUAUACCGAGUAUCGGGUCGAUUGGUCACGAGAACAGAUCGAUUAUUACAUCGGCAACAAGCUCCGCCACAGUUACACCAAGAAGGAGAAUCACACUCUGCCUUCAACGCCGGCUGCCAUCCAAUACAAACACUGGAGCGUGGGAAACCGGUAUACCACGCAAGGUCCUCCACAGAACCGAACGGAAGCCGAUGUCGCUUGGACACGACAUUUCUUCAACUCAUCCUUGACGACCAAAGAUGAGAAAAAGGACUUUGAUGCGAAAUGCACGGCGGCGGACGCGUGUCCCGCGUCGGACAACUCCCUUCGAGGAUCAACACCAUAUUCGAAAGAGGCUCGGAAAAAAUGGCACCAAACCCCUGACCGGCGUCAUGCCCCCUGGGUGCCUAUUCUGAUCGACGUCGUGAUGGGGGGCAUCUUUGUUGUCCUGGUGACAAAGACGUUGUGGCGGCGAUUCUAUCGCAAAAAGUUCAAAGGGAAGCCAGACUCCGAACACGAGCAUGGAGGAAUGGCUACCGGAUCACAAAUAAAUUUGAAACUGGCAGACAUGACCGAGACCGCGUCAACGAGCUCAGGUUCAAUAAUAAGGAGCAACGCGGGAAGUAUCGAGUCUUUUGGUCCCGAGUCAGAACUUCCCAGAAACGCUUCAUAUGAAAGCUUCCAUGCAGGCCCGCCCAUUUAUUCGGGGAUGCACACCCCUGCACCUGAGUACCAAACUCCCAACAGCUCUCGGUGGCCAUCGCGCAAGAACUCCUCAUACAACAUUACUAUUCGACCCACCGAUGCCCACGUUCGAGGACUAUCGAAUCCCUCAGAGAGCCAGAACCUGAGCCCUCGCGGCGAUUCUCGCGACAGACCAAGAAACAUGAGCGAAUUCUACGGGGACAAGUCUCAAACUAGUCUCGCCAAAGACCGCAACCCAUUCCUUGCUCGUAUCGACACCGAGGUUGUCACACCUGCCCCUGAGGCAGUUUCUCGUAGCCCAUUGACUCCUAGCAGCGCCAGUCCUGACGCGUCAACGCCCAGGCGGCACGGCUUGUCCACCAUACCUCAUGGUAGCAACCCCAGCCUCUUCUUCCAGAAGCCAGAGCCUAAGGUCAAGGCGGCUCGGUCGACCACCCAGCCCCAAACUGGAGAAAAGAGCGGUAAACCUCCUCCAGCGCAGCGCGUCGACUAUCUGGCUGGCUUCAUUGCGUUGUCUGCCAUCCUUGUUACACUCAAUCACUUCGCUCUGACGUUCUUUCCUGCCGUCAUCGAACCCGGAGUGCCUUACCAUUACUCGUCGGAGAUGUGGGCCCGAAAGACAUUUGCCACCUACAUCUUUGAUGCGCUAUGGAUUGGGCCCUUUUUGAUGAUCUCGACACGCUUCCUUGUCUCCAACUACCUUCGAACCGGAAAACUUGAUAACAUGGCGCAGAAGAUUGUGGUUCGGCCCUUUCGUCUUCUGACGCCCGUCGCCGCGAUCGCAUUACUUGAAUACUUCUUGAUGGACUCCGGUGCUCUCCAUUACCUGGAGUAUCUUCCCAGUGUCACUUGGUCCACGUGGCCAUACGCGGUAAUUGUCGCCAACCCGGGUGUCUUCAUCAGUCAGAUCAUCCAAUUGGCCUUCUUGAUCCCCAAUGCCGCCCCGAUGAUCACCUAUACCUACUGUACCGGUGUCCUCUGGACUAUUCCUGUCCAACUCCAAGGCGCGUGGCAAACCCUCCUCGCCUUAAUCAUGGUUAAGGAAUGCAAAACUCCCUGGAAAAGAUUUGCAUUCUAUGCCUUCUGCAUUUGCAACCACUGGUAUGGCCUCUCAUGGGGUUCCUACUAUUACGCCGGAGUCAUGCUCGCCGACCUCGACCUGACCUACCAAUACAAAAAGUGGCUUCACGCGCGGCCGUUGGUGUAUUAUCCCCUCCUUUGGUUCCUGAUUGCGGUCGCUCUGGGCGGUUUCACGAUAGACUUGGUUUUCCAGUGGACCAAUGUCAGUUACGCGACUUAUGAAUACGGAUGGCAUCCCGACACACAAUCCGGCCUCAGCAUCUCUCAAGCCGGCAACGCGGUGUACCCUGACUACUUCAUUCCCCGUCUCAACGCUCUCUUGGCGACGGUCGGCAUGCAAGCGAUCGUCGAAAUCAGUCCAGCUCUGCAAAAGCUCCUCUCCCACAAGCUCCUCCAAUGGAUUUUCCCUCACAUUUUCACAAUCUACCUCAUUCACGGGUUCAUCUUCUGGUCUAUUGGGUCCUGGGCCAUGUGUACUCUCUUCGAAUACGGCCUGCCGUACUGGCUCUGCUGUCUAUUGGUCGCAAUCAUCUGCUACGGUUCCCUCUUCGCUUCGCUACCGCUCCUCACUCCUCCGAUCGAAGCCGUGGGGAAGAACUUCACGGCCAAUCUCUGGGAACAUGCGAGUCAGGAACCAGUCCUGAGGAAGCCCACGACGUUCCCCUUCGGUCCGGAGUUGGUGAAGGGUAGCCACAGUCUCGACGAGAGUGUCGUAUCAUCGACGUCGAAGGAGGCCUCGCUAUAG